CUUUUUUGCGCACAUUGCAUGCAGGCACAAAAAUCUGUUCCAUUUCUGUUGCUCAUUAUUUUAUUAUAUUCAAUAACACGGUUGACAGUGGAGUGACUGAUACCUGACCGUGAAUUGCAAAUUAAAACCACAACCUGUGGAAUGCCAGCCAUGUUCGAAUCUUCCACUGGAUUUGAAAGCAUCAAAAUGGCAGAACUUGACUUUGAUGCUCAAAAUCCUUUAAAUUGCCCACUCUGUCUGAAUCUGCUUAAGAACCCAGUGACUACAUCUUGUGGGCACAGUUUCUGUAUGGACUGUAUAAAGGGGUGCUGGGAUCAGGAUGCUUCUUUGAGACGAGCUUACAGCUGCCCUACGUGCAGGACAACAUUCAACCAAAGACCAGCUCCCAGCAGAAGCACUGUCCUGGCUGAAAUUGUAGAGGGAAUGAAACGGGAAGUUCCAGCUGGGCCUAGAGAUGUGAAAUGUGAUGUUUGUAAAAUAAGAAAACUCAAAGCUAUCAAGUCUUGUCUGGUGUGUUUGGCUUCUUACUGUCAAACUCACAUUCGGCCUCAUUAUGAGUCUGAAGCUUUCAAAAAGCACAAGCUGGUAAACGCUUCCCCAAAUCUACAGCAGCAGAUCUGCUCUCAACAUCAUAAAGCACUGGAGAUUUACUGCUAUAAUGACUGGAAGUGUAUUUGUGUAGUUUGUAUGGGGGAUCAGCACAGUGGACAUAAAACAGUCUCAGCUGCAGAUGAAAUGGCUAAAAAACAGGAGGAACUGAAAAUAAAAAAGAGGGAUUUCACUCAGAAAAUCACAGACAUUGGCAAGAAGGUCCAGGCAUUUAGGAAGGCUGUGGAUUCUCAUAAGCGUUCUGCACAGGCAGUAGUAGAGCACAGUGACAGGAUCUUCAAUGAGCUCAUCCGCUCCAUUCAGAAAAGGCGAGGUGAGGUGAGAGAACUGAUCAGAGCUCAGGAGAAGAAGGAGAUAGUACAGAUUAAUGAACACAUACAGAAACUGGAGCAGGAGCUCAGUAAUCUGCAAAAUGAGAAUGAUAAACUGGGGCCACUUUUACAUACAGAGGAUAACAUUCAUUUCUUUCAGAAUUACUCUUCUCAAUCUGGAGUGUAUCUGUGCACAACUUCACCCAGAGAUGUCAAUGACCUCCUGACAUUUGAGAAUGUAGACAAAUCUGUCUCAGAGCUGAACAGCCAACUGGUCAAACUCUGUGAAGAGCACAUGGGCAAAAUAUCAAAGAAAGUUGCUGAUGUCCAAAUUUUCAAAACCACUAGGCUCCAAGAUAUCGAUUCACCAGUGGUUUCAGCUUCAGACCACUCAUCAGAUGAAGACUAUAGGCCUCCCUCACCAGAAUCUGGUGAAUGGUCAGAAUGAAGCCUACCUGGGAAUUUCGGGGGGGAAAAAAAGUUCAAUACAAUGUGAAGUCUAUAUCAAAAUAUUUAAUCAUCCAUGUGAUUAUAUAUAUCUGUCACGCAAAUCAUAUAUAUAUAUAUGAGACUUUAUCAUUGUCCGUCAUUUUGACGGACAGCGUCGUAAAAAUUAAUAUUUUCAUUUUUAAUAAUGAACCUACAGGACGAGCAUCUAGGCUUAUACAUUUAUUUAUGAAGAGAACAGAUGAACAGAGAUUGUUGUGUAACUUUUCAUGUUCAACACCACACACCGCAGUGACAGCGGAGGCAAAUGCAUAGUUCUUUCAUGAAACUCUAGAUGGUGCAGGCUGAUGGGUCUUAACGUAACUCAUGAUAUUCACAGUGUUAAACGACUUGGCACAAGCUGAUUGGUUUAUGAUUGCAUACGCAGCCAAUGAGCUUGCUGCUUUACAUUUAAAUAGCUGGUAAGCAUCAACUUGAACAUUUUGCAGCGCGCUUCCAGAGUUCUUCUGAAACCCUCCACCUUCCCCAGCUCCACCUGUACAGUUCUGUUAUGGGUUAUUUGCAUGUCUUAAAUACUCACAGCACCGUAUCGCCAUAUGCGUCGGCAAUAGCAAGUUCCUGUAC